GAAGAAUAUGAUGAUAAUAAUUAUUAUUGCUAUAAUUUUAAUGAAGAAUACGAUAGAAUAAAAUCUGAUUACGAGAGAGAUCAAUGGAUAAGAAUAAAGCAUAAAGAAAUUAAAGAAUAUUUAGAAGAUGUGGAGAGACUUAUUAUGGAAGAUUAUAAAAAUUUUUGUAGUUUUUCAUAA